AAACUAGUACUACAGGGUUUCUUUCCAACAUUGAUUGUUUCUCUGUUAAGUAGAAAGGAGAGUCCUCACUUUUACAUCGACAGUAAGUCUCCUUUCUUUCCAAAGCAGCUCCGACAUGCUGUCAAGCUUUACUCUGAGGAUCUAUUUGGGUCUGUCAUAUUCAUUGAUGAGCAUAAAUUUAUUGAAGUCUACUUUACUGGAAACCCUAAAGAUUGCUCUGUUCUUCGUUCAAUGAUCCUAGAGGGUCUAUAUGCCAGUGCUGCUGCAUUAGCUUACAAUGAGGAGACACUGGAAAUAUCUGCUGUGACAUAUUGUCACCAGAAACACAGAAGCCGUGAGACUGAGAGGAAUCCUCAUCCUAUCAGAAUCUCAUACAAGAGAGACCCUCCAGAGAUCAGGUGCAGUAUUGAGACUGAUCUUCCACCCAUUGCAUUGACUGAUGAGAGACAAAGCUGCUGGCUAUUAGAUCCAAUUGCUUCAUCUGAUGUUCAUACAGACAAUUUUCUGCCAGAAGGUUCUGUAUUAAAUGAGUCUCAUGCUGUUGUUAUACUGAAAGCUAUCAAUAAGAUAGUCAAUGAAUGGGAGACAUUAGGACUAUAUCUUGGAAUUGAAAAUGAAGAAUUGAAGCUAAUUCAUUCGAAGAGUUUCUAUCAAAUAGAUGUAUCCCGUAAAGACAUGAUAGUUCACUGGUUAAAGACUGGUACUGCUACAAGGGAAAAGCUGAUAAAAGCACUCCAGGAAUUGGGAAGAAACGAUGUUGCUGUUGAAAUAAAGCGUCUGCCUACAUGUAAACAAUAA